GGGCAGACGGCCGCCGACACUCCCAUUCAUACUGCCACGGGCCACUACUUGCGUCCUGUGAAAAGGCUGGUAUUGUUAUAACCGUUUUCUUGAUCUACAAGAAAAUUCAUAUUUGCAGAGAGAUUUACGCCAUUGUUCUCCUUGAGUUCAGGGUUUUAACAAUGCUCCUUCGGAAAGACAUCAAAAAGAUGCCCGCGUAGUUAGCAUGAUAAUAGAGCUCAAAGCGUCGAGAAAUUCCAGAAUAUAUUCGAGGAGCCUGGUGUUAGAGCACAUAAUUCUGUGGCCAGUUCUAUUACUUUACAAAGCAGAAUACGAGAUACAACACGCCCAUUUUUCAAAGAUCUAGAUUCAAUACACGAUGCAAGAUGAGGGACCGCAAAUUACCCGAUGAUGAAUAUAAUCGUAGGCUACACAUCUAUGCCGAAACCCCGGGUCUUCAACAGCCGGUACUAGUCCCAGCCUCAGAAAAAGAGCUCAACGCCCCUCGACCCCCACCAUCAUCAGCAUUACCCGCUCAGGGACACAGUAGUAUACAGACACACCCCUAUGCUAGGAUUCCAGCCGCUAACUUUGUGGAAGAAGAGGAGGAAGACGUUGACUUGCCGUCAUCAACCCCAGUCACAGGUCAAUCGUCGUCGUCGGCAUCCUCCAUAAUUUCUCCGGGGACGUCAAGAAGCAAUGGUUUGACGAAUGGCAAGACUGUUGGACAAGGUCGAGAUCCUAUUUACGCCGAGUUGGAUCAUCGACAUUCAGAAGAUGACAGAACGGAAAAUGCUUCGGAAGGCAUUACGAAAAAUAAAGCAGCCAGUAUUCAUUCAUCAACACCGUUACGAACAUCAGAUGUAAUUCUUAAUCCGUCUGAAAGUACAAGCGAUGGUCGAUCCCGAACAGUUUCACCUCAACCACUAUCGAAACGGCAAGCACCUUUGCCAGGGUCGUCAAUCGCGAAGAAAUUAGACUUGACUCAAGGGUCAGGACCUCAUUCGAAAACAAUAAGGACACAUACACGACUUGAUGCAAGUCUUGAAAUCCCAGCGACACCACGUCCGAAAUAUUCAGGGACGGAAAAGAAGGAUGACAACGGGAUACUGCUUAUACGGAAAACGGAGCAUAGUUCCGAGGUUAAAGAGACGACGACGUCCUCGACGAAGAAUGAAAAUGAUGGCGUCGUCACCAGGCCCAAUGGUUCAGGUGGCUCAGGGAUCACUCUGACUCGCGUCAGGAGUAUAGAUGGUCAACCGACAAUGGCUCUUAGAGAGGGCGACGGCGAGGGUGAAGCCCAGAUUGCAAUGCCAGUCGAUCCUGAAUUCGACGCAGGCAUGGCUGUCAUAAAAAAGAAACAAAGGUUCCGAAGAAAUAUGAUCUUCAUCAUUUCAUUUCUUAUGAUACUUCUAAUCGUCGUCGCUGCUGUCAUCAUCUCUCUCGUCAUCGUCACCAAAAUGGGAAGGUUUUGGUAGACAGACUGACACUGAAAGAAUGAUAGGUGACCAGAGAGGGCAGUGUUCAACUUCUGAGUUUCCAGCCUGAGAGAGUUCUUCACAAAUCCAGAAAGCUUCUUCCAUGACUGACUGAUUAUUCCUGCCGUGAUGACCUGCGUCUGAAUCCACCAAGCAAGGAUGCGAGCAUGGAAUUCA